GCCGCGCUGCCAAGGAUCGCCAAGAACCUGCAGGCGCCCAUCGCUUUCUUCCGCCGCACUCGGGGAGCGCAGCACGCGUGGAAGGAAGCUCCACCUGAGGUUGUGGCGCUGCUCGCGCUCGGCCCCGAGCUGCUCUUGCUGCGGGGCCUCGAGGCGCGCGUGGCGGAGCUCGCCACCCAGCAGGAAGACCUCCAGAGCCUACGCCGCGAGGCGACAGCGAAUCGCUGGAAUGCGUGGGUCGACGAGGCGUUCGCCCAUGGGGCCAGCGGAGCUCUCCGCGCGACGCGGGGGCUGGAACGCCUCGAGGUGGUGCGAGCCGACCGUGACGGAGACCCUGCGCAGCUGGCGGACCAGGCCAUGGACGAGCGGGAGGACCUCUGGGAGGCGCACGGCGCUCCCUGGAAGGCUACCCCAGGCGAUGCGGCCACAUGGCCCGCGCUCCCCACGAUCAACGGCGGCAACAUCAGGAGGGCGGUGGGCACCUUCUCGUGGAAGACCGCGGUAGGCCAGUCUCGACUACACCCGCGGCAGCUUUGGUUCGUGCCGGGUCACGCCGUGGAGGGCUGCCGCCUGAUCACCUUGGCCAACACGCUCAUUCGGGUGUGGGCGAGGGUACGCAAGCCUCCCUCGCAGCAGUGGAACAAGAACCACCCCGACGAUGCGAUCUUCGGCAUGCGGCGCGGGGCGACGGCCACGGCGUCGGCACACGGCCACAAAGUCCAGGCCGAGAUCGCCCAGCUGCUUUGGGAGGUCAGCUGGACAGCGAUCGUGCAUCUGCAUAAGGUCUUCGACAGCGUGCUCAUAGGCCCGCUGCUCGAGCAGGCACGAUCACUCGGCUUCCCCAUGAGGCUGGCUGGCAUGUGCGUGAGCUACUUCAGGAUGCCGAGGGUGCUGCAGGCGUACGGCUGCUGGAGCCGCAAGAUGGUGGCCAACAGCAACAUCCUGCCGGGCUGCAUCCACAGCGCGGCCCUGCUGACGGUGCUGCUCUGCCAGGCCGUCGUGCGCCUUCGCACUAUCGCGAAGCAGCUGACCCCGAUGUCCCUCAUGGACGACCUUACCAUCCAGUGGAUCGGGCAGGUCGGCGACGGCGGCGUCGUCACGAUGCGAAGGGCGGUCUGCGAGUUCACGGAGCAGGUGCAGCCGCUGGGCAUGCAGAUCAAGCUGGCCAAGUCAGGCUGGCUCGCCACGCAGGGGUUCUGCAACCUCGGGCACGACGCGCACGGCACGGCGGUGCGGAGGCCGGUGGCGAAGACAAGAACGAAGGAGCUCCGGGCACGUCAACCUCGUGCAGAUGCGCUGGCGAGGAUGGCGGGCCCCAGGGUCCAGGCGCUGUGGAG